AUGGAUAGCGAUAGCGCUAGCAUUGACAUUGGCGAUCGUGAAAUCUGGGACCAGAGAAGGGCUAGAUUGAAAGCACUAGAGUCGGUAAACGGAACACACCUUCAAGCAGAAUUCAAACAUCGCGCGUAUCUCCUGCUACGCGACGCCGUUGAAGAGGGCAACGUAGACGAGUUCAUCAAGGCCCUCGAGAAGUAUUCGGCCGAAGAGAGGGUCCCUCUGUGCGACAUUAUUGACGUACAUGGUCCUUCUGGGAACUCGUGGCUCCACGUCGCAGCGGGUACCGAGAAGGCCGACAUUCUCCGAGUCCUCCUCGAGGUCUUCCCCAAGAAGCGGCUUGCCUCUGCCAAGGUGAACUAUCGAGGGGACACUGCACUCCAUGUUGCGGCAAGAGCUGGCAGGAUCCACACAGCCGAGCUCCUCCUUGGCUGCGGCAGUAUUGUGGACAUGGCGAACGACACGGGGAACACGGCAUUGCAUGAAGCUGUGAAGAACCGUCACUACGAUUUGACCUGUCUGCUCCUGCAUGGAGGCUCAAGCUUGGUGUAUAAGAAGAACAAGGAGAGCAAGUGCCCGCUGUACUUGGCAGUCGAGACGGGGGAAUUGAAGAUUCUCAGGCGUUUGAUGAUGGCGGCAAAAGAGUAUGAACUCCCUCCGUCCCAGAUGGAAGGCAUGUCGCCGGUUCACGGAGCCGUGAUGCACCGAAGAUUAGAUAUGCUGGAAGCCAUAUCAGAGUUGAAGAAAGAGCUCUUUGAUUUAAGAGAUGCUCGAGGUGGUACUCCCCUCCAUCUAGCAGCAUAUGUGAAUUACGUCGAGGGAGUCAAAUUCUUGGUCAAAGAGUUCACUUGGAGCACCUACGCCGGUGACGAAGAGGGCCAUCUUCCGAUCCACGUCGCGUGUAAGAUGGGCCAUCUUGAAGCAAUUAAGGAGCUCCUUCGACAUUGGUUGCAUCCGGAAGAGUUGCUUACUUUAAAGGAAGGGCAAAACAUACUUCAUGUUGCGGCAAAGUACGGAAGGCACUUGGUAGUGAACUACAUACUCUACAAGCUUGCGAGCUUUUUUUAUCAUCGUCCAAGCUAUGCCAAGUUUGAGAAACUAAUAAAUGCGAAAGACAAGGAAGGAAAUACGCCUCUACACGUGGCCACAUUGCACCGGCAAGAAGAGGCUCUGGUCUCUCUCACCUUGGACUACAGGGUCGAUCUUGAGCUUGUAAACAACGACAACUUGACGGCUCUCGACAUUGUAGAUGAGCGAAUAACAAAAGCGGAUGCUCCACGUCGUGUGUACGUAACACAGAACAUCUUAGAAUCUGCUGGAGCACCCAGAAGCAAAGACAAAGCAAUUUGCCGGCCAAAAAGCUUAGACACGAUGAGAGAUAUGGAGCCCCACGAAAAGAAUAUAUUUAAGGACAUUGCUAAUACCCGUAUGCUCGUGGCAACCCUCGUUGUCACUGUGACAUUCGCCGCCGGCUUUCAAGUUCCCGGAGGAUAUAAUAGCUCUAAACCAGAUGUGGGAAUAGCUGCGCUAUUGGGCAAGCCCAUGUACGAUGUCUUCGUGAUCUGCAACGCCGUCGCCUUGUACAGCUCGAUAAUUGCAGUUGCGAUCCUUCACGGGUCGGAAAACGAUGAUCGGCAAUUUAUGGCUAGUGUCCUUCGAAUUGCAAGGAUACCGGUGGUCAUUGCUCUCGCCGCAAUGUCCGUGGCAUUCGUGGCGGGUGUCUACGUGACCACAAGCAAACGCACUUGGGUCGCCAAUGUAGCCUUGAUCGUCGGAAUCACUCCCCUCUUCGUCCUCCUGGUUAUUUACACAGUCUUUCACCGUGGGGUUCUGCACAAGCUCUUCGAUAUGUUGAAAGUCAUAUCAGAGUUGAAGAAAGAGCUCUUUGAUUUAAGAGAUGCUCGAGGUGGUGCUCCCCUCCACCUAGCAGCAUAUGUGAAUUACGUCGAGGGAGUCAAAUUCUUGGUCAAAGAGUUCACCUGGAGCUACGACACGGAUGCGGGAAUCGCUAAGCUGUUGGGCAAGGCCAUGUUUGAUGUCUUCGUGAUCUGCAACGCCGUCGCCCUGUAUAGCUCGAUAAUUGCAGUUGCGAUCCUUCAUGGGCCGGAAAACAAUGAUUGGCAAUUUAUGGAUCGUGUCCUUGGAAUCACUCCCCUCUUCGUCCUCUUGGUUAUUUACACUGUCUUUUACCGUGGGGUUCUGCAUAAACUCUUUGGUAUAGCAACAGUAAGAAGUUGGUCCAAAUGGGCCGCUCAAUGGGUCAAGUGGGCCGAAAAAGAAGACAAAAAGCAGCGGCUGCCAUAG